AUGGGAAAACAUAACACCGUUUCCUGGAAUCUCAUUUUCUUGGCAUUGGUGUGUUUAGGAUUCUAUGGUUAUGUAGCUGUUGAAGCUACCAGAGAAGGGAGGUUUCUAAGUUACGAGAGUUCUGAUACGGACAGUGGGUACCAAAAUAAGUACGGUGAAGAGGCUGCCUAUGGAGGGUUAACAGCUGGUGGUUUUGGGGGAGGUAUUGGUGGUGGCAGUGGUUCCGGAGGUGGAGUGGGAGGUGGUGGGAGUGGAUUUGGUUCUGGUGGUGGUAAUGGUGGUGGAUUUGGAAGUGGUGGCAGUGGUAUAGGUGGAGGUGGCGGUGGUGGUGGUGGCUCAGGAGGGGGUGGGGGAUUGGGACAAGGUGGUGCUUAUGGUGGCUUCAGAGGGGGUGGGGGCUCGGGACAAGGUGGUGGGUAUGGUUCAGGCGGAGGUAAUGGUGGUGGGCUUGGUGGUGGUUAUGGGUCAGGUGGUGGAGGAGGGAGUGGUGGUGGUGGAGGGAGUGGCGGUGGUGGUUAUGGAUCAGGUGGUGGAGGAGGUGGUGAAGGAAAAGGCUCAGGCUCAGGGUAUGGUAGUGGCAGCGGUGGUUUUGGUGGGGGCGGUGGAGGGUCAGGUGGUGGGGGUGGUGGGGGAUACGGUAAUUAUGGGGGCUCUGGAUCUGGCUCUGGUGAGGGAUAUGGUUCUGGUGGGGGCUAUGGAGGAAGAUCCCAAGUUGCUCCAGGAAAGAACUGGUGA